AUGAUCAUAUCCAAUCGGACCGGAGAGGAUGAGUGUGAGCCAUUUCAUGGGUCACGACAGAGGAAACUCACGGAGCACCAGUAUUCCUUUGACAAUGAUCUGCUGAGCACGGAGCAGAGAAUCUCCUAUGAGGAGGAUGGCUUCCUCCUUAUCAAGGGCCUGGUGUCUGGGGAGCACAUUGAUAGAUUCAGGGCGGCGUUUGAGCGGAUAUUCUGUCGGGAGGUGCAGGUCCCGGGGCUGGUGGUGAUGAGGGACGUGUCCAUCGCCAAGUCAGAGUUCAUCCCUGACCAGAAGGCCAUCUCCAAGCUGCAGGACUUCCAGGAAGAGCCUGAGUUAUUCCGCUACUGUAGCCUGCCUCAGCUCAGGUAAUAAGACAUCUCGUCACUCCAUGCACCAGGAUCUGCAUUAUUUUCCAUUCUGUCCGGCGGACCGUAUUGUGUGGUCCUGGACCGCCAUGGAGAAAGUUCACUCCCUGGUGGUCCUUCCUGGUUCUCACCAUGGCACCCUCAAAGAACACAACUACCCAGAGUGGGAGGUAGUACACACACAGCUGCAUCCUCAACAAGCAUGACUACCCCCACUAGAUCUUGUGACAUCACUUCCCUUUCCUCUUCCUCGGGGCGGGGUCAAUAAGAUGUACCACGGUGUCCGUGACUAUGACCCCAAUCAUCCCAGGGUGCACCUGGAGAUGUAGAAAGGAGACACAGUGUUCUUCCACCCUCUAUUGAUUCAUGGAUCUGAAAUGAACCAGAAGCAGGGCUUCUGCAAGGUAACACACUCACCACUGAAAAACACUCUGGAAGCCAUAUAUACCUAACCCUUCUAGGAUCCAUAAAUCAUCCAUCAUCAUCCAUCAUCAUCAGCCAUCCCCUGCCACUAUGCCGGAGCUAACUGCUACUACAUUGACGUGAGGGGAACCAACCAGGAGAACAUAGGGCAGGAGGUGUACGAGAUCGCAGCAAGCAAAUAUGCUGUUGAUGACGCCACAUUAGAGGAUACCUGGGCUGUAAGGGGCCGUCUGGUGCAAGGGGAUAGGACCAAUCUGUGAGAGAGCCCGCCCACCGCAGUGUGAUGGUCACUCACCAUUAACAACCUACCAAUCAAAGGAGAUUGAAAAAAGUUGACAAAUCCACCUGCCAAUAAACUGAGUCUCAGUGACAGGAGUCAUUUAUUCAUUGGGCGAGAGAGAGUGUCCAAGAGUCCAGUCAGGGAUGUUUUCUGGGUGUGUUCAACAUAUUAAACUAAAUGGAUGUUAAUUGCACAGUUAAACAUUGAUUAAUCAUCUUCUGCCUAACAAUAAAGUACUUACUGUGUGGUGGACUGAAGUGAGAGGAGCAGAGGUAGAAUGUGUGUGAGAGAGAG